AUGUUAGAAGUAACUUGUAAUGAUCGUCUUGGUAAGAAAGUCCGGGUAAAAUGCAACCCUGACGACACUGUUGGCGAUUUAAAAAAGUUGAUUGCAGCACAAACAGGCACUCGAUAUGAUAAAAUAGUGUUGAAAAAAUGGUACACUGUUUUCAAGGACCAUAUCAAAUUAUCAGAUUGUAUCCUUUUCAAAUUUUCUGUCCUUAAAGUGGCUAUACACCUUCCGAUCCCAUCAGAUUUAUCGAAAAUUCUAAAUCGUAGGCAUAUUCGUGUCCGACAUGCUAGCGUACUCAACAUCGAAUUCGAGGAAUUAAUAACUGUUUACAUGGUGUACGCUGGCGCGUCGAGUAAGGUAGCGUACACCAAGGCAAUCUCGAAAACGGCUUGCUAUUAUGCAACCAUCACAGAAAAUAGUUCCCACACUGCAAAAUUUCAUAAGGGAACAGAGAUGUAG